AUGCCUCCUGCAAAGAAAGCUCAAGGAGCGGCAACGCCUCGAAGGGCAAAGCGAGCGCGACCCACCCCUGUCACGACCGGUGUGGAUGGCGAUUCAGAGUUUGCGCAGCUUGCCAGGCAGCAUUGGCUGAAGAGCACGAAACGGAAGACCAAGAAAAAGGUCAAGAACGAGGUUCUGAAGCGGGACAUCUGGGAUGUGCUAGAGAAGGAUGGCUUCGCACUCAAGUCCCUGUUGACGCUUGAGAGUCUUCAAAUCCUCGAGAGCUAUCUCUGGCCGGGAUACACAGAGGACUGUUCCGAUCACCACAUCCUCCUAAUCGUUCUGGUCGUGAACGUCAAAAAGCGAGAACACUUCGACCCGUGGGGCAUAUUUACCAGCCGACCAGACGAGUUUUCUUCCCUGUUCCGGCGCAUUCUCACCUUGAGCUUGGAUAGUCAGCUGUCUCUAAGUGUCCGAAGACAAAUCCUAUCGUUCUUCAUCUCCGCCUUCCAGAGCCUAGACAAUGCCAUCAUACGGAAAGAGUGCGCGCCUCUGGUAUCAAUCGCCAUAUGGCACAACAUAUUCGACGACGCCAAGCGCGAGGCACUGUUUGACCAAACACCCCACUUGAGAAAGGCAUGGAGGGCGUCUACGAAAAGAUUUGACGCUGCUGAUGACCAAACAAAGGCACAUCUCCGCUUUGAUCGGUCAUGGCUGUACUCGUUGGUGCUGGACUUCUUCGGCGUGCUCUAUGACGAGGCGGGCAAGCAAGAGGGAGUGCUUUACUGCGAGCGGUUUGUCGAGUUCCUGUCCGACCUUCAAAGUCAACUGCCGACCCGACGCUACGUCAACGCCCUGCUCCUGGACCUACACGUUCUCCCGGCCAUGUCCAACUCGCCAGUAUUCAACGAUGAGGACAACGGACUUCUUCGCGACCUCUGCGCGCUGUUUUCUCACUACACCUACUUCCAUGUCGAUGACCAGACAGGAUUGCAUCUCAGCGAAACAGAGGCCUACGAUCGGCAUUGCGCAAAGCUUGCUGAGCUGCAGCGCACAUCCCUAAAGCACUUCAAGGAGAAGCUGACGGUGCUGGCUCUCUCCAACUAUGGGGCCAUCAGCAACAGAGACGAGCUGGAGAGCUUACUAGCGCCCCUCACCGACGACGAGGUCAUUGAGCUCGCAAGCCAGCUCCAUCUUCGGGUCUCGUACCCCGAGACGUGCAAAUUCCAGGCUGAUCGCAGGUUUCUCAUCGAAGCGUUGCUCGCCAACUCUGAAAAGCGCAAGAGCCUACAGGAGGCAGCUCGUGAUCUGGCAGUCAUGCCAACCGAAGAAACUCUGUUCGACAAGAGCCUUGCCCGUACAAUAGGCUAUGACGGAUCACGUCCGCUGGCACUCCCGAAGCUAAACCUACAGUUUCUCUCAGUCGGGGACUUUUUGUGGCGCUCUUUGAUUCUGUACAGGUGCGAGGCAUUCUAUGCCAUCCAACAAGACAUCGAGGUCGCACUACAGAGGCUCAAGCCCGACCUGGGCAAAUCGGGCGAGACGAUCUUCACGGGGGCGUCCAAGAUGGCGCUGCCUAUUCAGAAGCCGUCGAUACUGCAAGUUGUACCGCCUCUGGUCGGAGAUGAAAAACCAUCGCUUGUAAAGGCCGAGAUUGCUAUUGAUUUCCGAAAUAUUCGAGAGAAUGUUCGCAGAGAGUGGGAGGCCUUGCGGCCAGACGACACAGUCUUCCUGGUCGCCGUGAACCUCGCGAAACAGACGCCAGCAGCCAGUGGUGCGCAGAGGCUUGGCAUCGUGACUAUCCGAACAGCGGAAGUCCUUUCUAGGCUGGAGGGCAACAACCGCUGGGAGCGUGGGACAGGUCGCGAUCAGCGUGGCGGUGGCCGUGGCGGUGGUCGUGGCGGUGGUCGUGGCGGCGGUCGUGGCGGUGGAGGCAACGGUGGCGCCAACUUCCAAAGGGGCUUCGUAAGAAAGCUACAGGUGAAGCUCGAUCCCGUAUCGUUUGUGGAGGACACGGACGAGGAAUCCAACGGCACGCCGGAUGUGUACGAGGGGAUCAACCUCAUCGUGCGGCGAAGCGCGCGCGAGAACAACUUCAAGUCGGUGCUGGAGUCCAUCCAAGACCUUGCUCUUUCGGAUGUUCCCAUCGCGCCCUGGCUACAUGAGGUGUUCCUUGGAUAUGGCGAUCCUGCGGGUGCAACCUACAAGCACCUGCAAAACCGCGCCAAGAAGAUUGAUUUCCGCGACACCUUCCUCGACUGGCAACAUCUGAUCCAAAGUCUCCCCGGUAAAACUGUGGAGCCGGGCGACGACAUGACGAGCAGCUUUGGACCUCCAUACGUUCUGGGGCUUGUGGACAAGCCGGCAGAGGAGAUGGCACCUGUGAAGCCUCCGUCGAAAAAGCGCCGGAGAGAUGCGGAACCUGUUCCGGUUGCAGGCGUUGAAACUUUCCGGGUAUCGACGUACAAACCGCCCCACAACGGUCCCUCCCCUGUCGAUGCGCCGAAGCUCAAUACGGUGCGAUUCACGCCGGGGCAGACCGAGGCGAUCAUAUCCGGAACACAGCCUGGCCUGACGGUCAUUGUCGGACCGCCGGGAACAGGAAAGACGGACGUGGCCACUCAGAUCAUCAACAACAUCUACCACAACUUCCCGGAGCAGCGCACACUCCUGAUCGCGCACAGCAACCAGGCACUGAAUCAGCUGUUUGCAAAGAUCGUUGCUCUGGACAUCGACGAGCGUCAUCUUCUCCGCCUGGGACACGGUGAGGAAGAGCUGGAUGUCGAUGGCAGCUUCAGCAAGUACGGUCGAGUGGAGAUGUUCCUGGAGAAUCGCAACCAGUUCCUGGCAGAAGUGACGCGUCUUGCAGCCAGCAUCGGCGCUCCAGGAGCGCAUGGAAACUCGGCAGAGACGGCGGGAUACUUCAACUCAGUAUAUGUCGAGCCGGCAUGGGCGAAGUUUGACGAGAUAGUGUCGUCGGAGGACGCAACGACAGCAGAUAUUGUGCAGGCAUUUCCAUUCCACCAGUACUUUGCAGAUGCGCCGCAGCCGCUGUUCCCACCCGAGGCCAACCGAGACGCAGUGCUGGACGUUGCCAACGGCUGCCGCCGCCAUAUCUUACGGAUAUUCUCCGAGCUGGCAGACGCGGUUCCGUUUGAGAUUCUGCGACGCGAUCGGGACAAGGCCAACUACCUGCUGACCAAGGAGGCGCGCAUUGUGGCGAUGACGUCGACACACGCGGCGAUGCGGAGGGGUGAGAUUGCAAAGCUGGGGUUUCACUACGACAGCGUGGUGGUGGAGGAGGCAGCACAGAUUACGGAGAUUGAGAGUUUCAUCCCUCUGGCGAUGCAGCAGUCCAAGGACGGACAGGUGGCGCUGAAGCGGGUUGUGCUCUGUGGCCACCACCUGCAGAACUCGCCGAUCGUCCAGAACUUGGCCUUCCGGCACUACGCGAACCUGGAGCAGUCACUCUUUGCGCGUCUGGUGCGGCUUGGCGUGCCGACCAUCAAUCUGGACCAGCAGGGCCGAGCGAGGCCCUCCAUCGCAAGCCUGUAUCGGUGGCGAUACCCUGGUUUGGUGGAUCUGCCUCGGGUGCAGAACAGCCCGGAGUUCCUGACGGCGAACGCAGGUUUCCGGUACGACUACCAGUUUAUCAACGUGCCCGACUACAAGGGACACGGCGAGGCAGAGCCGACGCCCCAUUUCAUACAGAAUCUGGGCGAGGCCGAGUACGCCGUGGCCAUCUACCAGUACAUGCGGCUGUUGGGUUAUCCGGCCGAGAAAAUCAGCAUCCUGACAAUGUAUGCCGGGCAACGGGCACUUGUGCGAGAUGUGCUGGAGUUCCGGUGCCGCAAGAGCCCCAUCUUUGGGUUGCCGAAGAUUGUCACCACCGUGGACAAGUACCAGGGCGAGCAGAACGACUACAUCAUCUUGUCGCUGACAAGAACGUCUCAAGUGGGCUAUUUGCGCGACAUCCGGCGCCUGACCGUAGCGCUAUCCCGUGCGCGACUGGGACUAUACGUGCUGGGGCGGCGUGAGGUGUUUGAGUCGUGCUACGAGCUGCGGGAGGUGUUCCAGAUACUGCUGCAGCGACCCGACAAGCUGGCGCAACCGAGGGCGUUACUGCUUUGGAGCCUCUUCUCCCGGCUGUUGGUGAAGAGGACGGCGAGGACAAUGGUGGCACUCCCUGAUGACGAGAACGACGAGAAAGACGACGAGAAGGCUGUGGAUGCAGAUGAAGACGACGAGGCAGAGGCUGAGGGAGAGGCUGGGGCCGAGGCAGACGGAGAUGGGAGCGGUGAGGCUGUGGAAGACAACCACGAGGACAGCAAUGAGGCUAUCGAGGCCACUGAUGACUAA